AUGGCGACUAGAGCCUCAGAACCCGUCGCAAACCCCAAUCCAACAACCACAAGACCAUCAGAUUCAUCUUCAAGAAUUCAAAGAAAACCAUCAAAAUCGGAAAAGGAAAAGCCCUCAUCAAAUUCCCCCUCGCGAAAUGUUCCAAAAUCCCCAAAUUUGCUUUCUGAUCAUUCAACCAGCGGCUCCGCCUCCGGUUCUCGUUCCAGUUACCGCAUUGACACCUCCGUCGCCACCACCUCCAUCUCGAGCCGCACCUCCUUGUCCAGCCUUCGUGGAACCCUGCCGGAGAGCACCCAGAUUUACGACUUCUCCGAAAUCCGCGCCGCCACUAACAAUUUUCUCGCCAAACGCUACUCUUCCACCUCCUCCUCCUCCCAAUCAUGGCGGUCAGUUCUCAAUGGCAAGGACGUCAUCAUUUUCCAACGUAAGCUACGGAAAUCCGUGGAUUUUUCCGAUGUUAAACAGAAGCUGUCGGUGAUUAGCAAGAGCCACUACAUGAGCAUAGUCAAACUCCUCGGCGUUUCAAUUUCCGGUGAGCAUAUUUACCUAGUCUACGAUUUUGUAUCCGGAUCGGAUUUGAGCUCGUGCUUGAGGAACCCUAGAAAUCCCCAUUUUACCGUGCUUUCGACAUGGAUGUCGAGGAUGCAAAUUGCGACGGAUGUAGCACAUGGGCUCGACUACAUACACAAUACAGCUGGAUUAAGCAUUGAUAUGGUGCACAAGCACGUGAAAAGCAGCGGUAUAAUUGUGACAGAGCCGUCCUAUAAUGCGAAGAUAUGCCAUUUCGGUGCGGCGGAGCUUUGCGGCGAGACGAGGGAGGAGGACCGGUCGAGGCCGCCGGAGUCGAUUCCGGAGAGGCAGUUUGAGGGUGUAAGAGGGUACAUGUCGCCGGAGUUUAAGGCCACCGGGAUCGCUACCCAGAAAUCCGAUGUUUACGCAUUUGGGGUUGUGAUUCUUGAAUUGCUGACUGGACAGGAGCCAGAGACGUACAAGUUUGACAAGGACAGUAAAAAAUUUAAGCGACUGUCAAUCAUUGAGACGGCGAGGGAUGCUGUGGAGGACGGUGGCGUUGGUGGUGGAGAAGGGGUGGAGAUGAGGUUGAGGAAGUGGGUGGAUAAGAGGUUAAAGGACUCAUUCCCGGUUGAGGUGGCUAAUAAACUAACACGUGUCGCACUGCAAUGCGUCCACGUUGAUCCUGAUCAUCGUCCCGACAUGAAAUGGGUAGCCGGGAAAAUAUCGAAGCUGUAUUUGGCUUCUAGGAAUUGGUCGGAUAAAUUUAAGGUUCCGACAGAAAUUUCAGUCUCUUUGGGACCUAGGUAG